AUGGCUACUAAUGAUAACAAGUUGCACUAUGAGAUAGGAGCUCCAAUUCAACAGAUGGGAGUUCUACAAUUGCAAUCUCAAGACGCCUUGCUUGCACAAAAUAAGAUCAUCUCUCAGCAGUUGGAAGAAGUGACAAAGAAGCUAUCUUUAUUACCUCAAGAGAUAUAUGAUAUUUCAAUGGUUCAAAAGCAGUGGAAACAGUGGAAGCCACAAAUUACUCCAUAUGAGAAAACCACAAAAUUUGAAGAUACUUUCCAGCAAUUCAUGAAAAUGAGCGUCUCUUGUUGUAAGAAUGUAGAGGCUGCAUUUAAUAGUAUGAAGAUGCACAUUGGGCAAAUGUUCAAUAAGAUGGAGGGUUGUAAGAAGGAUCCAAAGAGUAAUUUGAGUGAAGAGUGUAAAACCAUUAUUACUAGAAGUGGAGAGUUGGAAGUUGGAAAGGCGUUGAUUGAUUUGGGAGCUAGCAUUAAUUUAAUGUCGCUUUCUAUGUUUAAAAGAAUUGAAGGGUUGGAACUCAAACCCACACGAAUGGCACUCCAAUUGGCAGACAUGUCUCUUAAAUAUCCUUAUGGGGUAGUUGAAGAUGUGCUGGUAAAGGUUGACAAAUUUGUAUUUCUAGUGGAUUUUGUUAUAAUGGAGAUGGAGGAGAAUGGAGAUGUGCCACUCAUUCUUGGGAGACCAUUUAUAAAGACUGCCUGA